UACCCGCUAGUCCGUGGAUGAGCGCUCGAGCCACGCGCCUCCGCCACACUGCCAGCGCCGCGCGUCGCGUCAGUCUUGCGGCAGUCCCACCUCCGUCAGACGUUGUCGACGCUUCCAUAACUGUACCAAUGCCCAUUGGGCCGAUCCGUCGAACGAGGGGUUACAGCAAUAACCGCGACGGCAACAACCAGCACGGCGGGAAAGUCCAUCCCCUCAACGACUGGUUGGCCGGUGUCUUGCGCGGGUACUACAAGACCAAUGUGACGGGCUAUGUGGAGAUCCGGGCGAGGCUUAGAGAGGACCAUGGGGUUGAUAUCGGUCGUACGAAGGUUGCCGAGUAUUUACGCACACUUGGCCUAAGUGUCCGCAAAUGCCAGUUGCCCGAGACAGAGCAGACACAGCUCGUUGUCGACGAGAUGGAGCGUGAUCCUGCGAACGCAAACGGACCUCGCUGGGUGAAGUCGACGCUCGCUCUCAAGGGCGUACAUAUUCCGCGGUCAACGGUAGAUCGCGUCAUGCAUGCCUACGCACCACAAGGGUUUGUAGAUCGCCACCCGCUCUCACGCCGCAAGACACUCGUUCGAACACCGCUGACCUCUGUCGGCCCAGACGAGGAAUGGUCGAUUGAUGGUCAUGACAAGCUCGCUCACGCGGGCUUUGGUAUCUACGGCAUUGUCGACAAAUGGGGUGGCGGGAAGCUGCAGUUCAACGUACUCCCAUCCAACCGUAAGGCGAAGGCUUGUCUGGUGGUAUACCUUCGUUGUGCGAAGGAGCGAGGUGGUGUUCCUGUUCAGGUUACAAGCGACCAUGGUUCGGAGACCGGGGACAUAUUUGCCCAUCAGACAGCAUUACGCCAGAAGUAUGCGCCGGAGCUCGAUUCCGAUGUGAUCCCUGCGUACCGGUAUACAUCAAGCCCGCGGAACAUCACAGUUGAGCGACAAUGGCGCCCCUUGUUCCAGAAGUGGGGUGUCAAUGUCCUGGCCGUGUACAAUGCUGGUCGCUACAGUGCAGACUUCGACGCGGGCAAUUACAUGCAUGGGCAGCUCGCGAACUGGAUCUGGUUCCCGCUCAUGCAGCGCGAGCUUGACGCUUGGUGCAACAGGGAGAAUGGUCAGUACAUCCGUCAUCAGCCAGAUAAACUUCUGCCCUCGGGUGCGAAGCGUUUGGACUUCUAUCGUACACCUGCAAAGUGGGGUGGUAAGCCUUGUCUUGUUCCUGUUCCUCAGGCUGAGUUGGAGAGACUGCUGAGCAAGGCUGAGAAGGAGGCUGAGAAGGAUAUGGAGUAUGUAGAUGAAGAGUAUGAGGCCUUGGCUGAGGAAGUACAUGCAGCAAUUGGUAAACCAGAGAUAACACUAGAUACAGCUUGGAUAGUCUUUAGGCAGAUGGUUGCUGCUGUUGAGGCAGAAGCUUAAUACUGUCCUAGCAUUAAUAUACUGUGAUUGAUGAGACUACUCAAUGGCACUUAUGAACUGUGUAACAGUCUGUAGUGAAUACACACAUCAUAUGAGGACUUAGC